AUGCCAAAACGACGAGCUGAAGAAGAAACGACUCAGUCUCUUGAUCUUACAUCUGGAGAUGGCCCCUCGACUUUACAGAUGAUUCGCCCCUUCAAAAAGGAAACAGCGACGGAGUUUCUCUAUCAAAAGCCACCAAUAUCCGUCUUUUCGUCGAGACGAUUCUCAAAGAGGUUGCUUUUGAUCGGAAUUUCCGAAAUCUGCAGGAAACGACUAGGCGUACCAAAAGACGAAUUCAUACUGAAGAUAGCGGGAGAUGUGAAAGUUCAGGUUCUCAAUCCAUAUGAUUUGAGCGGAAGUAGCGAAGCUAUUUUCUUGAAGAAAUUGAUCCAAAAAAUUUUCAUGAUGGCAGAAAACGGAUGGCUCUCGAAAGUCAUCAUGAAGAUUGGAACCGACGAUGGAAAACAGCUGGAACUGUACGCUUUCAGUCUAAAAGAAAGGCCUAUUUGCAAUGAGAUGGACGAACACGCGGUGGUCGACUUGACUCAAGACGAGAACGCUCAGCUAAGAACCGAAGUGGAGGAUCUCAUCCAAGCUCUCCACAAAAAGCUCCCGACAACUCCCCUCGGCGACGUGAAAUUCUCCUGCCAAGUGGCAGUCAAUCAUCUUGCGCCAAAAAAGAUCGACUUGGAGGGGUUCAAUACUGCAGACGCUGCGACCAUGGAGAGACCAAGAGUGCUCUUCAAGCGUCAUUGCAAGACAAAAUUCCACGAAAUUGACGGCGUUGGAGUUCAGGCCCUCGAAAGUGAUGAAGAAUAUGAAGUAGAGUCCGCCUUUGGCUGGUAG